CAGGGUUACCCCUCCCUCCCCCCGGCACACACAGGGUUAAGCCGCUCUCCGUCUCUCGGGCUGGCGCUAAGAUGGCGGACGGUGAGCUGAAUGUGGACAGUCUGAUCGCCCGGCUGCUGGAAGUGCGAGGAUGCCGCCCUGGAAAAAUUGUACAGAUGACAGAGGCCGAAGUGCGGGGCCUGUGUAUAAAGUCACGGGAGAUCUUUCUCAGCCAACCUAUCCUUUUGGAGUUGGAAGCACCCUUGAAGAUCUGUGGUGAUAUUCAUGGACAGUACACAGACCUCCUGAGGUUGUUUGAAUAUGGAGGGUUUCCACCUGAAGCAAACUAUUUGUUCUUGGGAGAUUACGUAGAUCGAGGGAAGCAGUCUCUAGAGACCAUUUGCCUCCUCCUAGCAUACAAGAUCAAAUACCCAGAAAACUUCUUCCUUUUGCGGGGAAAUCAUGAGUGCGCCAGCAUCAAUCGUAUCUAUGGCUUCUACGAUGAGUGUAAGAGACGUUUUAAUAUCAAACUCUGGAAGACAUUUACAGACUGCUUCAACUGUCUUCCAAUUGCAGCCAUUGUGGAUGAGAAAAUUUUCUGUUGUCAUGGAGGGCUGUCACCAGAUUUGCAAUCAAUGGAACAGAUUCGCAGAAUCAUGAGACCAACAGAUGUUCCUGACACAGGCUUGCUGUGUGACUUGCUGUGGUCGGAUCCUGACAAGGAUGUACAAGGUUGGGGUGAGAAUGAUCGUGGUGUCUCUUUCACCUUCGGAGCUGAUGUAGUCAGCAAAUUUCUGAACCGGCAUGAUUUGGAUUUAAUCUGUCGUGCCCAUCAGGUUGUUGAAGAUGGUUACGAAUUCUUUGCUAAACGCCAGCUGGUUACUUUGUUUUCUGCUCCAAACUACUGCGGAGAGUUUGAUAAUGCAGGAGGAAUGAUGAGUGUUGAUGAAACAUUAAUGUGUUCCUUUCAGAUUCUAAAACCUUCUGAAAAGAAAGCGAAAUACCAGUAUGGCGGACUGAACUCUGGUCGCCCUGUUACACCCCCUCGCACGGCAAACCCUCCAAAGAAGAGGUGAAUAGCAAGGACAGCCCCAAACACCUUAUCAUUUGUACACAGAGAAAGCUACCAGUAUACCAGUUCAUAUACUAAUGUGUGUAACCUGUAGGCACUGUUCAACCAUCUGCUACUGUCUGUCUUUGUGAGCCUCAAUGCUUGUAAAAAGAAAUAACUAAGUCUUUUUGAAAAAAUGUUUUCCAGUAAAUACGCAGGUGUGGCAUAUUGUAAUGUAAAUCAAUGUAGUACCGGUAACCAGUGCAUAUUAUUAAUAGUUUGGGCUGGGAUGAAGGUUAACAGAUCUAAGGCUGGGAUAAAAGCUUUCUUUCAACCUUAAAGCUAUCUCUAGCGUAAUCCUUGAAUCUUGCAAUGAAAUUAAUUUUGGGAUUUGGUUAUUUAUUUCUGAAGUUGUGUAUCUGCAGAUACAGAUCUGGUACAGGCACCAUCAAGAUUUGUUGAAGGAGCCACGGUCUGUGAAGCUCCAUUAAAGUACUACAGUCUUUUAUACAGUUAACUGGUACUUGCCGUGCCUCCUUGUUGACACUUGUCCAGUACAACAAUACCAGCCUGAAAUGCAUACCAAUUGUUUGCCCCUUGUUGUAACCCACUCGUUUUGAUUGUACUUGCACUGUUCGCUAGAUUUUUAUAGAGGCAUUUAUUUCUCUUGUGGUGAUUCUCCAAACUGACCUACAGCUAGUCUAUAUGGUACUUAAUUUAUGAAGACGUAGUGGGAUUGGGGCAGAAAUUGAAUGGCAAACUUAGUAAUUUAAUAUAACUUCACAGCAAGCUAUUUUUCAGGUGUUUUUUUUUUGCAGAGAUUAAAACCAGAGGAAGCUUCAAGGUAGUAAUCCCUUUUUCCCCAGCUCUAGACUUGAAUGAUUUAAUAUAGUUUUGUGCAGGGCUGCAUGCAGUUUGUGUGCUCCCAUCUUUUUGACAUCAGGCAUGUGAUACCGCUUGGUAUCUGAACAGUGGCAUCUAACAUUGUGUUUCAGUAAUGGCCCUUGACAGAAAAUUAACGAAGGAUUCCAAGUCUUGAUUUUUUUUUUAAUUCCCCUUUUCAAAAUUCUAAAGUUUCAUCCCAGUCCUGUGAAGUUACAUCAUUGUUUGAAGGUCUUGGGUGGGUAGGGGAGGGUGGGGUGGGUAAACUUUAUCAUAAUUGGAACACCAGAGAAUUUGAAUGUACACACUACAUAGUCUAAAGAUUUGUUUUUUUUAAUUAAAACCACAGUAGCAUGAUUUAUUCAUAGAUAUAGCAGCCCUUGUUUUCAUGACUUUGUGUUUGAAUAUUCUGAAGACUGAACCUGUAGCUUUCCAAAGGCAAAAUCUGGAGUGCACCGUCUUUGAGGGCUAGUCCCUUGGUUAUGUAAAUCAGUUAUAAUGAAGCCUGAGGGCAUUAUUCUGUUGAGAUCGUUUUGUUAAGGACGCCCUAUUUCUGCUGUUUUCAAUACAAUCUUAUACCUGA